UGGGUGAAUAAAUACUUCAUUUUGUUUGUUUUGAAGAUAGAUUGACAUCUUCAAACCAGCUACUCAGUUGGCAGUGAAAUGAGUGGUGGUAGCAAGAGAUGAGUUUCAUGAGUCAUGAGAAUACUCAAUCCCUUAAAAACAAGACUGAGUUUGUAUUUGUGUGGAUGAAAAAGGAGAACAAGAGACAGCCCAAACCAUUUAAAGUUUGGAUGUUGAUCUGGAAUGGGACAUGAUUUGGGGUGCGAGCAAUUCAGAGAAGGGACUUGAUUCUCACUCUGCUAGAUACCAGAUAAUUCCUAGUAUCGGCAAACUCUUGACAAACUUUGACUCUUGUUGCUCAGUCAUCAGAAAAUUUCUAACCUUUCUUUGUCUAGUCCUGCAAACACCUUCUCUGGUUAUUAUUUUAAAGAAGACAAAGAUCAUAGAAUCACAGAACAGUUUGUGUUGGAAGGGACCUUCAAAGACCAUCUGGUUCCAACCCCCCUGCCAUGGGCAGGGACACCUCCCACUCGACCAGGCUGCUCAAAGCCCCAUCCAGCCUGGCCUUGAACACUUCCAGGGACGGGGCAUCCACAGCUUCCCUGGGCAACCUGUUCCAGUGCCUCACCACCCUCACAGUAAAGAAUUUCUUCCUUAUAUCUGAUCUAAACCUACCCUUUGUCAGCGUAAAACAGCUGCCCCUUGUCCUGUCACUACAGGCCCUGCUCUGAAGUCUCUCCCCAUCAUGCAGACUGGGGGAGAUGAACCCCCACCGAGAAGAAGCGGAACCCCCACCCAACUUUGAAACUUUGGGCUCAAGACGUAACUUUUGGAUUACUUUCAGGACAAUUCCCAAAACGACAGGCCACCUUCUGCCGGCCAUGACUCGGGGCGGGUGGAGGAGGAGGGUGAGGGGAGGCCCCGCACCGGGUCCGGGGGAGGCCGGGGGACAGCCGGAGGGACGGUAAGGAGGGGGGAGGGGGUUACCUCCUGUCGUCCAGCCUCCGGGGAAGGGCAACUACGGCACCGCCGCAGGCAGGCGACCAGAGGCCGCGGGGGUGGCCAGGUCUGCUGAGGGGCCCGCUGUGCCGCGGCCCAGGACCGGCUGCGGGUGCACUGGAAAGAGAUGGCUGAAUCAGAACCUCAGGAAGGAAACUAUGAUAACAUGGUUAAAAUGGUGGAGGACCUGAAUAGGGACUUAGAAAAUCUCCUGGAGGAAAUGGAAAAACUAACAGUGCAGGCAACCUGGAUGGCUUAUGACAUGGUAGUCAUACGUACCAACCCAGACCUGGCCACCUCCAUGAGGCGUUUGGAGGAUGCGUUCCUGAGUUGCAAAGAAGAGGUGGAGAAGAAAUGGCAAGAUGUGCUGAGUGAAUCUAAAGGUGAAGAGGAAAAAAAGGAAUAAACUGAAUUCAGCCAUGCUGGCAGGACUACAUCCCUUGGAAAACCACUCCGGUCUUUUUGUUUUCCAGCUGUGGAAGCUUCACAGACACUGUGGAAAAUGGAUUUGCUUUCAUCUUACUAAGAACUACUUAUGUGUAUACACCUGUGGAAGUAUUUUAAUGAGAUUACACACAUAUAUAUAUAUUUAUAUUAUUGAAGGUAAAAGAUAACAAUGUGUCUAUUUUUAUUAUGCUCAUGAGUAAUAUUUGUAGUGUGUGUGCAUACAAAACUUAUAUUCUUUCUGUGUCUUCCUUCCUGGAAGAUCAUCAAUAUACGUGGAAUUCUUUGACACCUGAACAAAUGGGGGAGGGAGCAGGGGGGUGGUAGUACAGUGGACAUCGCAGUGGUAUUGCACCAGCAGAUGCCUUUCAGGAAAAACUGAAGAAUUACUUUUUUUCUAAAUGAAAAACAGGUGGAAUUCUAGAUUUGCAGAUAGACUGGGUUAGUUUGAUAUGGGAUUACCAACUAGGUGUUCAGUUACAGAAUUUGAGUAUUCAUGUAGCUCAUCUGUAGUUGUUUCACUUUGUUUCCUUGGAUUUUUAACAAAUUUUUUGUACUGGUUUU